AUGAUCUGUACAGCCGAUAAGAAGGUGCCAAAGCAUCUGCAGCCACUGAAACGAAGGCACACACACAAGAAAAAAGUUGAAUCAUUGCCAGCCGCUGUUACAGCUGCACCACCACGAGUCCACGAGGAGGAGAAUCGAGUACCUGCCACAAUAUCAAAUCAUCACAUUAAUACACUUAUACCUAAUCAAUUUUACAAUGCAUCCAACGACAUUAAUCAAAUCUUCAUUGACCAUUCAGCGUCAAGCCCACAACUGUUUCGAUGGACAAAAGGCAGACGAUUCACCAGCUCUCAGAACGUUCUUUAUCCACUCCCAAAUGAUCAAACAGAAUUAGACAGACAAAGAGUUCAACUCUACAUUCUCAGGUGGGCUUUUGAAAGUCGACAUAUAACACCACCAUCGAUAAAAAAGAGGCUAUUCGAGGGUAUUAAAGUAUUGGACGUCGGAUGCGGGCCAGGCCUAUGGAUUGGACAUCCCAUCAUUGAUAUGGCGGAAGACUUUACAAAGUCCAAAUUCGAAGCUGUCGACAUUUGUAGCCUUUUGCCAGCUGAUCAGCCCAUGAGUGGCAAUUUCAAUUUCACAUGUCACAAUGUAACAGAAGCACCUCUCCCUUUCAAGUCUGGCACAUUUGAUUAUGUUCAACAAUUCACGUCAGCAAUUUCCUACAAGAUGGAUAAUUGGCCUCUUAUUCUGGCAGAGAUCAAGAGAGUAACAAAAUCAGGUGGUUAUAUCCAAUUAAUUGAGCCAGACAUGUAUCCACAGCAAUUGGGUCCAGAGGGUGAAUUAUGGCGGGAUCAAAUUCACAAUGUUCUACGAGACCAAUGUGGCUACGAACCUAGAAUUGCAUGUUAUUUAGAAAGACUCGUAUCAGACUUGGGUCUUGAAGAUAUCACAGUGAAAUACGUGUCUGUUCCAGUUGGAUCCUGGGGCCUUGAUAUCGGACAUUUGUGGGAACAGAAUUUCGACGCCUUCUUUGAAUCAGCAAGGCCAUUCCUGGUGGAAAAGAUGCAAAUCACCAAUGCAACUUAUCAAGCAAAUACGAAAAAGCUAAAGGAAGAGCUAAAAAGUGGCGAAUUCAAGGCAUUCAACAACAUUUAUUUAGUGUAUGGGCGUGUAAAAUAG